AUGAACGUGUCUGGGUUCAAGGUGCAAUCUCCGAACUCCCCGCUGCCCGCCAAUGCUCCUCAGCGACCUGGUUACGAGCCCAUUUCGCCCAUCCUCGCUCCCAGCAACGCGCCAGCGGCACACCCCGCCAGCGGCAAUGAACACCUCCCACCACCCAGCGCCAAAGAGGUGAAAACCGCCGAGAAGCUCUCCUUGCGUAACGAUAGAAGCAUACCUUCUCCCCCUCAUCUGCAGUCGCCGCCAGCUGCUCCCCGUGAGCCACUCCACUCUGCACCACUACCGCCGUCGAAACCGCGGCUCUCAUCCGCGCUUGCAUCACCCAUAUCUGCUCUCCAAAACGCCGCCCCCCCUUCCGCUGAUGCCAGCCCUAUUUCCCAUUCGAGUCAUCCCCCGCGAGACCGCAUCUCUCUUCCGACCGAACCCGCUCCAGCAUAUGAUGAACGCGCACGCAAGCAUGGCCACGCGGAACCGGGGACCGCGUAUGGCGACCGGACGCCAAAGCGUGCUCGUUCCAACGUCUUCUCUCAUGAUCAACAACGUCCGAGGCCUGCGACCAGUCACAGCCCAGGAUGGUCGGACAACGCGCUGCGAACGACGGAUAAUGGCGUCCUUGCCGAAGACAUCCAAGCUAAGAGGUUGUCGGAAGCCCAGCUCCUGCUUGACUUUGCAGCCAAUGCGCCAUAUGCGGUCAAGCCGCAUGUCCCGUUGCCAAAAAGGUGGAGCAUUCCAUAUUCAGAGACGUCUGGGCAGCGUAUCAUACAUGGAAUGCCACCUCCGAGCGAUGGCUAUCUCCCGGUUCUGUAUCAUGAAGCCCAGACCAACGAGCACCUGUCUCCGAGGACCUCGCAGCUAGAACGACACCGUUGCGAAGCAAACGCUCUUGCUGCUUCCGCGCAAGAGUCAGCUACGUUCACUGUACAGAACCAUACGCCUCCAGAGGACACCACGAGUGCAAGGCUCCAUCAGAGUGUAGAGUGGGUCACCAACGGGGACGACAAAAGACCAAAGAAGCAUCAAGGCUGGCCCAAGGGAAAACCCCGAGGUCCCCGAAAUGUGUCUACCGUGGAGAAGAAGAAGAGGCCCGUUGCGAAUGCCCAAAUUCACGGCACAGGUCCCGCCCCUGGAAGUUCUGGGCUGGAUCAGCUCUAUUCCCCUCUAAGUCUUCCGCUGCAUGUCGACGCCGUCUCCCAACAAGGUAUUCCUAGCCAGAUCGCGGUACCAGAACAAAUUCCCAGCACCAAGGCGUUAUCUUCUCGCCGCCUUUCUUGCUCCGAUACUCUCCCCGCAGCGCAGAGUCCCCUACCGUCGACCACAUCUUCACGUGCCCAGAGUGUUCCUCCGCAUGCCGCCGCACUCAUGGGUCCCGCUUGGACGGAAGGCACAGUCAUGGACAUCGACAAGCCGGGUGAUGCUUCGCAAACCACCAUUUGUGCUGGUUGCCACUCAUCUGACUCUCUCACAUCGAUUGGCGAUGGCGAACAGUGGAUCAGCUGUGAUGGGUGCAAAGGCUGGUUUCACUACGUAUGUGCUGGUUUCAAGAGCGAACGAGAAGUCCGCGUCAUUGACAAGUUCUAUUGUGAGGGCUGUAAACCGAAAUAUGGCAAUACGACCAGACUGCGAAAGUCUUCGCGCGCCCAUACUGCUGUUGAUUACGCCGGCUUAAAUGAAGGUAUAUUGAAAACGUCCGACGACAAUCCGGAGCAUCACUACAUACAAGCUUUCAAAAAUGGAGACUUCAAGUUCACCCCUGAGACAUUCGCACGCCUGCCUCCUGAGUUCGUUACAGCAGACUUCAUCGAGAAAAUGAACGGCUUCACGGAUCCCGUGGUUAUUCCGGCGACUUUGAACCCCCGGCCGACGUAUCCACCUUCUAACUCCUCCACGUCCGUGGCGGAGAAAUUUUCACAGAUGCAUGAUGCCGAUGAAGAGACGUAUGGCUUCGAACUGGUGCCAGACGAUGGUCAAGACAAGAUUGACAUGGUCAUACCAGACGGGCUGACUGUGCGUCGCGUGUCUGAGCUCUACGGACCGAUGGAGACUGUCCCCGUCAUCGAUGUGAAGGCACAAGAAGGCGAAGAUAAGCGUUGGACCAUGGCCAAGUGGGCGGACUAUUAUGAGCAGCAGGGAGAAAAACCAGUCCGCAACGUAAUAAGUCUUGAAGUAUCUCGAAGCAGGUUGGGCAGAUUGAUCCGUCGACCCAAAGUCGUACGCGAUAUGGACCUUCAAGAUUCGGUCUGGCCAGAAGACGACAAGAUGCAUGCGCCCCCAGUACAAUUCUACUGUCUCAUGUCAGUUGCAGAUUGCUACACGGAUUUCCAUAUCGACUUCGGCGGCUCGUCUGUGUACUACCAUAUUAUCAAGGGAAGGAAGACGUUCUUUUUCAUACCACCAACCAAGCAAAACCUCAAGAAAUACGAGGAUUGGUGCCUCUCCCCUAGGCAAAGCCACGAGUUCCUAGGGCAGCAGGUGAAAGAAUGCUACCGGGUCGACUUGUAUCCGGGAGACACAAUGCUGAUUCCUUCCGGUUGGAUCCAUGCUGUAUGGACCCCCGAGGACAGCCUAGUCAUUGGCGGAAAUUAUCUCACUCGCAUACAUUAUGCCAUGCAAAUCAAAGUGGUUGAGAUCGAGAAGAACACAAAGGUAGCCGCGAGAUUUCGUUACCCGUUUUUCCAGAAGAUUAUGUGGCUUGCAGUCAUCAAAUAUCUUCUCGAGGAUCCUCUUCCUGCUGAGGUUGAAGAGCUGCUUUUGCGAGGAGAGGAAUUCAAGCGGACAGUACCAAUAUUUUGCCAACCGGACAAGUUUGGCCACAACUCCGACCCGGGUCCGGAGAACUACAACAUCCGAUACUAUCCCAAAGCUGAACUCGAAGGCCUCCCGGACCUGCUCAAUUAUAUCUGGAGGACUGUAUUGAUAUCCCUUGGCAAGGUGGAAGGCAUCUCACAGCAGACUCGUAACGCGGUAACAAGGUCGAUUCCUAAAGGUCAUGGCGAGCCCUCAGAUCUGGCUCGUCGUUUCGCCAUGUGGGUUGCUUGGAAAAGGGGAAAUGAAAAGCUUCCUCAAUGGGCUCUACCCGAUGCCACCCUAUCGGAUGCCGCAGACUCGCGAGGAGAUAAGAAGCUGAGCAGCGCUCAGAGCAGAAAAGUGGAGCGGGAGUCUUGGAAUGAGACGCUCAAGCUCGUCAGGGGUGGCGAGAGGCAUUCAUCUUUGCGAGCAAGAGCGUCGGAGCCUACGCUCAAUGGUGACGUCCGCGGUCAGGGAGGGCCACCUGUGACGGGCUUCCUGCGCCCACACAAAGAACACGUUACUACCCCGAAGACCUCGCAACUCGGCCCGAAACGCAUAGCUUGCGACGCUUGUCGCAAACGACGGAUACGCUGCAAGCACAAGGAUGAGUUGGUAGAAUCGCCUCAAUCCAGUGCGUCGGGAACCGUUCCUCCGAAUGCAACGGCAUCCAGCUCACCCCCUAGCACCUCCAUUGGGAACCUGGCUAUGCGACGGUACAGCGAUGCCGAUAUUCCGUCCGCUUCCCUAACAUACUCUUCUCUCUACGAUGUACAAGGCAGCACGAAUGGUGGACCCCUCUCAACAGAUUUGACGGUCGAUUCGCUCGCCAGCAAGUCCGGUCGCGUAAAAGCCUGUGCGGACUGUCGCAAGAGCAAGCGUCGUUGCAUCCAUGACGAGUACGGAAAUGUUGACCCUGUCAAGGCUGCUGAGGCACCUAUCCCUCGGGGCUCCGCUACUAAGAAACGCCGCGUCAGCGAGCAUGAGGAUGGUGAGGCCCUUACAAAGAAAAUGAAGAUGGAGUCAUUUGCCGGUCUUGUGAAUGGCGAAGUAUCACAUUGGAAUCGCUACCCCCUACAGAAGCCUCGUCUUACAAGCGCCUCGGAUUCGCAGGACGAGAUGACGAUGGACUCGGCGCGGAGCACUAGGGAUCCUCGUUCUCUUCUAGGACCGCCUUUGGCUGAAGAGCAGACAGGUGGUGUCGUUACGCAAGUCGUGCGUCCAAUGUCCGCUUCAAAAUCCGUUUCUAAAGAGCCGGUCUACUGUUCCAUUGAGAACGUCCAAGAGGAGGUUGUCACUUCGGGCCCGGUGGACCCUCUUUUGCUUAACCCAGAACCAAGAACCCCACGGGCAACAAACAACGCGGCCAAUGGCAUCCACGCUGCACCUGAAAGCUCUCCUAUCCAGAAUGGUGGUCGCGCUCGCGGCCUACAUUCAUGGAAUGGGAGGACCACGACACCGAAGAUUACUCCGCGCGGAAGAAACCGUCGAGACAGCAAGGACUCUCCGAGAGGUGAACCAAAAUCCGAUCCGAAGGCGCGUGCCAGUCCCCCCAAGACGGGGUCAAGCGAAGACAUGGCCAGCAUUGCCUUAGCCUUGAAAUUGCAGAUGGAGGAGCAUGGCCUUCGUAGGCGAAGCAAGUAA